GGAGAGUUACGGUAUUCGUCACGGUAACUAUCCGGAAGCGAAAGGGAUAGCCUGAACGGGGGAUUUGAUCUGUAGCCUUCAUGGAAUAAAAAGGCUUUGUUAUUCUUCAAAAAUGUCUAAUUGUACAGAUUUCAACUCGCAAAUCUCCGCAGUAAUGGAGGUUUUAGCAAAUGCUGCAGUAGUGGAAAUAUGUAAAGUUGUUAAUAAAGGCUAUGCUGUUUUGCGACUGGAAGUGACCAGAACCAAGAGAGAAAACGAAUCACUGAAAAGCAAAUUAAAAUCAAUAGAGCUUCUUCUUUCUCAAGACGUAGACAACGGGACAGGAGCGACUCCAAAAAAGAAUCGAGAGCAUACCAUAGAACAAACGUGUGACUUUACAGUUGGAACUAGACAGACGCCUCCUGGAGAGAAAGAAGGCUGUUCGUUUCAUGAUAACCUGAGCUCCGGGCAGUCUUGCAUUAUGCCUGCAAUGAGUUCACCAACACACUCUCAGGUUCCAGUUAUAAAAGAAGAGAUGAUUGAACAAAAUAUAAGAAGUCACGAGCAAGAAGAUGAACAUUACAGAAAUGACAAUACAUCUAAAGCCAGAAAAGGGGAAAGCUCAUCUUUGCGCAUAACAUCUGUUGACCUUCAGGAUCUCCUGAGCACAGAUAGUAGACAUCAAAGCUCUGAUCUGGAGACCCCUCUUCCGCCUGCUGACGAGAGAACCCUGUGUCAAAAUGAAAGACAGUACAGUCCAGAGAUUGAAAUAGCUCCUACCUCCAGCCAAAGUAGAGUCAUGUCAUCUCAAGAGAAUAGUUCCCUGUCUCCUCACACAGACCUUGAGCUGAUAUCCAAUGCAGUCCAGUCAAGUUCUUUUAACAGCACAUCGUCUCUGAAUUUCAUUGGAUGGAGGCCUGAAAUACACAUUGACUCAAGAUCAUUAAAAACAGAGGCAGGUGACUGUGCAUGGAGGGAGACAAGCUCUUUUGAUUCACAAACUAAAAGGUGUAAAGUGGGCAUGAUUGGGAUAGGCGAGCCCAGUGACCUGAAUUCGCUCAGUUUCAAGACUGGUGAAGACACUCAAAUGAGGCCUGAAUAUGUAGGCCUAGAUUUCAGUACAUUACCUGAUGUCAGUGAAAUAUUCAAUGCAAGGGUCAGCAAGAGCCACCCAACAUUGAGAAGGGAAUUUCAAUCGUUGCCAGGCUAUGAGGACAGUUUUGUUGACUUCGGAACCACGUCUCACCACAGACUGGGAGAUGCUUCCAGCUCUCCUGAUGAUACUGGGCCCCCACAACCUGGUCUGGAUGGGAGAUUGUUUGGCUGCAGUCAGUGUGGUAAACAGUUUUCUCAUCUCCAUCAGCUGAAGACACACCGAAGAGUUCACACUGGAGAAAAGCCUUACAGCUGCCCUCAGUGUGGAAAACGCUUCUCCCAGUCCAGCCACAUCAAAAGACACAUGACGGUUCAUACUGGGGAGAGACCAUUUGGCUGUGGGCUAUGUGGCAAGAGGUUCUCCCAGUCCUGCAGCCUGAAGGUUCAUCAGAGGGUGCACACCAACAUCAGACCAUUUAGUUGCACUCAGUGUGGUAAAAGUUUCUCAGUUCUGAGCAAUCUUGUAAGACACCAGACCAUACACAUAAGGAACAUAACUGAUCCUGGAACUCUAAAUAUUUGAUCGCUUUUAGUAGUUAUGGAUGAGCUUUAUAAUAAUAUUCAUUAUGUUGGAAUGAUGGUUAAUGCUGUUUCAAAUGCAUAUUAUUAAUGUUCCAGUAUGAUAUCAUGUGCAAUUGUUGUGUCUUCAGCUAUUUGAGGAAAUAUACAUCAUCACAUGGUGAAAGAUGAAGGUGAGCAUGUUUAAGUAAAUCAGUAACAGUGCUAUUGCUAUAUAUUUGCCCUCUAAUAACAUAGUUUGACCUCAGACAUUCCAGGUGAUUAUGAUGAUACAAAGAUAAACAAUUGUAACUGUAUUUAUAUAACUGUAAUUAUAUUUCAUGUUAAUGUGAUAAAAAAGUAAUAAUCCUUAGCCUAAUUUACUUAGACUACAGUGCAUUAUAUUCUGUCUUCGACAUACCAUAAAAUAUUCUACAUACUACCUUUACAUUUUGACUAUUUGUUAUAAAGUCCAUUAAGGCUACACUCAGGGUUAGGAUUCAUCCUCAACAUUUACUGUAGAGGAACAUUCAAUCAGAGAGCAUAAAGCACCUUAUUAGCACCUGCUAAUCUCAAAACAGGAGACUUCUUGACCAUGGAUGGUGACUGAAAGGGGGUGAAGGAUUCAAUAUUAGCACACAGUAAAAUGGGAUGAGAAGUACUUCUUUCUUUUUGUAUAGUAAUAUUGGGAGAAAAUGGGUUAGAUGAUGUGGUAAAUGCAUCAGAUUGUGUGUGUUAAGUCCAACCUGAAUACAUCAAAUGUAGUAUUAAUUACAAAGUUGUGUUUGA